GACGCUUAAUUGUUAGGAAUUAGGUUAGGAGAGAGAAGUUAUUUUAAAGAGGAGAGAAGAGUGAAUUUGGAAUUGCGAAUGGUUAAGAAAUUAAGAAAAGAAGGAAGAGAAAGAAUGAUGUGAAAGAAAAAGUGAGUGAUGAUGGAAGAAAGGAAGAUGAAGGUUCGUUCGGAAAGGGAGAAGACGAAAGUGGUGAUUAGGCAUUUGCCUCCUUCUCUCACUCAAUCCGAUCUCUUUCAGCACAUCGAUUCACACUUCGCUUCACGCUACAAUUGGUUCUCUUUCAGACCCGGCAACACCAGCCACAAGCGUCUGAGGCAUUCCCGAGCGUACAUAGACUUCAAUUCUCCUCAUGAUGUUUUCGAGUUCGCUGAGUUCUUCGAUGGACAUGUUUUUGUUAACGAGAGAGGUGCCCAACAUAAAGCGAUUGUUGAGUGCCCUUCCCAGCGUGUUCCAAAGCCAACUACCAAGAAGGACGGACGUGAAGGAACCAUCUACAAAGAUCCAGACUAUUUGGAGUUCCUCAAACUGAUUGCAAAGCCACAUGAGCAUCUUCCCAGUGCAGAGAUACAAUUGGAAAGAAAAGAAGCUGAACAAGCUGGGGCUAACAAGGAAACACCUAUUGUCACUCCCUUGAUGGAAUAUGUUCGACAAAAACGUGCUGUUGACACUGGUAUGCAGGCUUCAUCAGCAGUGGCAAAAGUUAGCAGAAGAUCCAGAGCUGCUUUGCCUGGCAAGCCUGGCUCGGGCAAUACUAAACGAGGAUCUGAAAAGAAAAAGUAUGUUCAGAAGGACAAUGCCAAGAGUGCUGCUCGCAAAGAGUCAAAAGACAAGUCAUCCUUUAUUGUGGUUCCCCGACGAGAGGAUCUAUCAGCUGAAUCAAUGCAUGGCAUUGAAGGUUAUUCCGGAAUUCCACUGUCUUCUGACUCAGGAAAGAAAAAAAUCCUUCUUCUGAAAGGGAAACAACGGGAAAUUCCCAGUGCCACUGAGGGUACAGUAAAACAGCAAAACGUACAAUCUGGAAAUUCUCCUAUUUCAACUCCUGCAAAACAGAACCAGAGACGGGAAAAUAGUGGACGAUUGAUUAGGAGCAUACUUCUAAAUAAUGAUGCUCGUCAAAGUCAGUCUAUUACUGGAACACAACAUAAAAUUCAAAUUUUAAGCUCAGAGAAUGGGAAGCGGCCACCUCGUCCUUUUGGCUCAAGGUCUGGGUUAAAUGAUCAACAUUCAAAUCAUGAUACUGCAGUUAAUUCUGAAGGGGAUUCUAAGAGGGCUUUGGAUGAAAAAUUCGUAAAAAGGGAUCCACAUGGUUUGGGUAGCGGUGAGAAAGCAGAAAAGCGUACUAGAAACAAGGAUAGACCUGAUCGAGGUGUUUGGACACCUCUUCGUCGUUCAGAUGUUCCACAUGCGGGUGACUACUCAUCAUCCUCAAUGGCACAACCUACUCUGUCAAAUCCUGAAUCCACUGAAGGAGAAGUAAAAGAAUGUUACUUCUGGGAACAGGGCAAUGAGUUCUCUGCUUCUGCAGGUGGACGAGGCAAUCCUUCUAUUGAGAAUGGUUCACAAAGAAAUUUUGCUCGUCGUGGAGCUUCCUAUGUAGUGAAGGAUGAUGGUGCAGUCAGUAUAAGUGAAGGGACCUUCAAGAAAAGUGUUGGACACAGUGCUCAUGAGAAGCAAGUCUGGGUUCAGAAAUCUUCUUCAGGGUCUUAA